AUGGCGGGCCCGAUCCACACCUACGGCCCGAGCUGCUUGCUAGCCGAUGAAGAACAGGACUUCGCCAGACUACAGUCAAUGCCCUCACCGCCAGAAAUUCGAUCACAAUUCUUCUAUCUAUCGGCGUUACCCAUCGAUGAUCCACUGGCUCCCCUGCCACCGCCCGCCACUGGGAAUGAGAGACUUUCUCCAACACCCUUCUCGGCCAGGGAUAACAUCGCUUUAGAGGAAGCCUGGUGUGGCCUACGGGAUGCGAGGAAGACCAGAACAACCGAUAACAGGUCACGGCCAAAUACAUCAAUAGGGCCAGGAAUUGCUGUGCCAGGCCAUGAAUCGAUUUUGAGUGUCGAGCGCCAAAGCAAGGCGGCUGACCAAGAGGACCCGCACUUGGUCGGCAGCAGAGGAAGCACUUUCAGCAGUCCCCCUUCGUUCCCGGACGAACUGCCCUCUCGCAGUCAGAGAAGCCACCUUGCUUUAGCUACUGGCAGUGAUGGUAUUCGGACGCAGGAGCUUGGCAAGGAACAGCGUCCGAGUUCUUCGGUGGACGAUGGCUUGAAACAAGAAUUCCCCAGAGGAAUUGUUAUUGAUCGGAGAGGACCGCGCUCAUCAGCCGCCAAUGAAGCCGUUGCAGCCAAAAGAAGGAGCAAUGAUCUGUCAGACAUCGAGGAUGUGGGCGAAGGUGAAGAGCGGACGGGAAAUUUGCGGGCCAAUCGUUCUCGUGAUGCAAGUAUCAGUGGCUCUCCUUUCAUACGAGCGCCGAUAUCUCAGUCUCAAACACCGCUUGGUCGCUCAUACGAGUCCACUUCCUCAAGAGACGCGGGCGAAAGACAGGCCGAUCUGCGAACCAGCACUGCUCCUCGGAGUGCUCCGAAACCGUCAGGUCUGCGGACUACCGUGAGCUUGGACCAAUUGACACAGGACUCACAGGAGGAGAGGACAGAAGAACCAAAUUCACAAUUAAAGAUUCCAGUCGGUGUUUCAAGACUCCAUCUGGUUGAGUUACCAAAUCUCAAAAUGAAACCUAUUUACUGGAGUCCUUUGCAUGACGUAUCGAAUGUGAUCCGAGCUACUUGGUUCUAUAAGAAUACCAUGUUGCCAGUUGAGACAGAACUUGCAAACAAAUUGGAGGAAGGCUAUGUCUACUUAAAGCCAUGGAGCGACACCUGGCAAGAUGAACUGAAUAGUUGUGUGGAGAAUGGGCCGGAUGCCGAAUUGAAAAUCGUUUACCCGCUGUGGACAAAGAAAGACUUUGAACCUUCGACUGCACAAGAUCCACAGAGUAGUGACGCACCUAUGGGUGAAGCAGCAGAGGCCUUAACAUUUGACAAAAGCCAAGCUGCUGGCGGCACUGCUGUUCAAUCUGAGAACAUCAAAUCAUACCUCACGUCCAGUGCUAUUUAUGUCGAUGCAACAAAUGCGCAAGUCCUUCGGCCCAGUCUGCUUCCCUCGGUUUCGAGGGGCCGACGACCUCUCGGUGCAAUUAGAAAAGGUCGACAAAUAGGUAUACCUGUGGUUCGCGGUUUCAGCCGCAAAGCAUGGGAAAAGCUGCAUCCAUCAAAGCCCAAUCCUAUCGAUGUCCGCCAUUACAUCCGCAAGACCCAUUUAAAGAAUGGUUUCGCACCAGGUGAACAAAUAUGUUAUGCGUGCAAGAUGGAAGAGUCGCGACCACCUCCAACAGACUUGGUUCUCGUUAUUCAUGGCAUCGGCCAAAAGCUCUCGGAGAGGAUGGAAAGCUUCCACUUCACUCACGCCAUCAAUGCGUUCCGACGAGAAGUAAACAUGGAGCUCAACAACGAACCUGUAUGGCCGCACGUGCGUCCAGAUCAUGGAGGAAUCAUGGUUCUUCCUGUGAAUUGGCGCGCGAAAUUAUCAUUGGAUGAUCCGGAGGCUGAAUCUGAUAUUGAAGACACAGUGAGCAACAAUUUCUCGCUCGCGGAUAUCACACCCCAGACUCUUCCCGCUAUUCGAUCUCUGAUCAGCGAUGUGAUGCUUGACAUCCCUUACUACCUCUCUCAUCACAAACCGAAGAUGGUUAAGGCAGUGGUCAGAGAGGCGAAUCGUGUGUAUCGUCUCUGGUGCAAGAACAAUCGUGGAUUCCAAGACCAUGGACGGGUACAUCUCAUUGCUCAUUCGCUCGGAAGUGUAAUGGCCGUGGACAUCCUCAGCAACCAACCAACACAUGUUCCUCGAUUCGACUUUUCUGAUAUGCCUUUGCAUAGCGAUAUAUUCGAGUUCGAUACCACAAAUCUGUUUCUUUGCGGAAGCCCGGUUGGCUUCUUUUUGCUGCUUAAUAAGGCUAACCUUCGUCCCCGCAAGGGCAGAGACAAGCCUGGGAGUGAAGGCGACGAUUUACUUCCUAACGUUGCCGGUGAAGCGGGCCAAUAUGGCUGCCUCGCCGUAGAUAAUCUCUACAAUAUCGUGCACACAACUGACCCAAUUGCAUACCGAGUCAACGCAGCAGUAGACUCAGACCUCGCCAAUACCCUCAAAAUGGGUACCAUCCCCAGCUCCACAUCCACCUUCUGGCAAUCCUUCGGCAGCGUUUUUCGCUGGAGCUCAAACCCAUCAGAUUUGAUGUCCACCGCUACCUCUACCCGCCCCGCGGCAGUCUCCAAGCUCCCAUCCCAAGUCGAACUCGAGACCCACGAUUUCACGCGUGAAGAAAUCGCCGAAAGGCGCAUGCUUCUACUCAACGAUAACGGCCAGAUUGACUAUUACCUUUCUGGAGGCGGCGGUCCCUUGAAUAUCCAGUACCUGAACAUGUUAAGUGCGCACAGCAGUUACUGGACGCUAGGUGAUUUCGUGCGGUUUUUGGUUGUGGAAAUUGCGAGGAAGCAGGGAAGAGAUGGGACGCUGCCUGCUUUCCGGGCUGAGAAGAAGAAGGGGUGGAAGUAUUCUAAGAGUUGA